CUCAGCCAGAGGUGACAGUGCGCCAGGCGCGCUCCCCUUACCUCUGCUGCCUCCCGCGCCCGCCUCCAGCCCGGGGCUGCGAGAUGGAGAUGCCUCUUCUGGACGAGGAGAGGCCGGAGCGAGGCUCGGCCCCGGGGGGCGUGUGAAGCCCUCGCUCCCCGCCGAGCGGAGUCCAGGUUAUUAUCUCAAUAGCUGGCUGUUACUGCAUCAUUUUAUCCCUGUUUGGAUGGGCAGUGCACAUGGGGUUCUGGCCUGCAUCUAUCAAGCCAUCAGCAUUGUGUGUCUAUGUGUUGUUCUAAUGCACCUUUGCAGAACAUUGAGAUAGCACCUGUAAUCUGGAGAGCAAAAUGAAGACCUCACUUCUGCAAGGCACACUGUUAAUUGACUGUGACAAGUGGAUGCUCUCGACUUCACUUUCAUACUGGAAUUUAACUGCGUGGCUUGGAUACAUCCCAGCAAUAGCCAUCUUUACUCAGUGUGUGAACUAAAAUCCAAGACAAGAGAUGAGGAGAUUUGUCUACUGCAAGGUGGUUCUCGCCACCUCUCUGAUGUGGGUGCUUGUGGAUGUCUUUUUACUCUUGUACUUCAGUGAAUGUAACAAAUGUGAUGACAAGAAAGAGAGGUCACUGCUGCCUGCUCUAAGGGCUGUUAUUUCAAGAAACCAAGAAGGACCUGGAGAAAUGGGAAAGGCUGUGCUCAUUCCCAAAGAUGACCAGGAGAAAAUGAAAGAGCUGUUUAAAAUCAACCAAUUUAACCUUAUGGCCAGUGACUUGAUUGCACUUAACAGAAGUUUGCCAGAUGUAAGAUUAGAAGGAUGCAAGACAAAAAUCUACCCUGAUGAACUCCCAAAUACAAGUGUAGUUAUAGUAUUUCAUAAUGAAGCCUGGAGUACUUUGCUUCGAACUGUUUACAGUGUUAUAAACCGAUCCCCACACUAUCUGCUUUCUGAGGUUAUCUUGGUGGAUGAUGCCAGUGAAAGAGAUUUUCUGAAAGCCUCAUUAGAAAAUUAUGUGAAAAAUUUGGAAGUGCCAGUAAAAAUUAUUAGGAUGGAACAACGGUCAGGACUGAUCCGUGCUCGGCUCAGAGGAGCAGCAGCUUCUACGGGCAAGGUCAUAACUUUCCUGGAUGCACACUGUGAAUGCACUUUAGGCUGGCUUGAGCCCCUGCUGGCAAGAAUAAAGGAAGACAGAAAAACUGUUGUCUGUCCAAUCAUCGAUGUGAUCAGUGACGAUACAUUUGAAUACAUGGCUGGGUCAGACAUGACAUAUGGAGGGUUUAACUGGAAGCUUAAUUUUCGCUGGUAUCCUGUUCCUCAGAGAGAGAUGGACAGAAGGAAAGGAGACAGAACCUUGGCUGUAAGGACCCCUACUAUGGCUGGUGGCCUAUUUUCUAUUGACAGAAACUACUUUGAAGAGAUAGGAACUUACGAUGCAGGAAUGGAUAUCUGGGGUGGAGAAAAUCUUGAAAUGUCUUUUAGGAUUUGGCAGUGUGGAGGCUCCCUGGAGAUUGUAACAUGCUCUCAUGUUGGACACGUGUUCCGUAAGGCAACCCCUUAUACUUUUCCUGGUGGCACUGGUCAUGUAAUCAACAAGAACAACAGGAGACUAGCAGAGGUCUGGAUGGAUGAGUUUAAAGACUUCUUCUAUAUAAUAUCCCCAGGUGUUGUCAAAGUGGAUUAUGGUGAUGUGUCAGUCAGAAAAGCACUGAGAGAAAAUCUGAAGUGUAAACCCUUUUCAUGGUACCUAGAAAACAUCUAUCCAGACUCCCAGAUUCCAAGACGCUAUUAUUCACUUGGUGAGAUCAGAAAUGUUGAAACCAACCAAUGUUUGGAUAACAUGGGCCGCAAGGAAAAUGAAAAAGUGGGUAUAUUCAACUGCCAUGGCAUGGGAGGAAAUCAGGUAUUUUCUUUUACUGCUGAUAAAGAGAUCCGCACAGAUGAUUUAUGCUUGGAUGUUUCUAGACUCAAUGGCCCUGUGAUCAUGUUGAAGUGCCAUCAUAUGAGAGGAAAUCAGCUCUGGGAAUAUGAUGCUGAGCGGCUCACAUUGCGGCAUGUCAACAGCAACCAGUGUCUCGAUGAGCCAUCUGAGGAGGACAAAAUGGUUCCAACCAUGAAGGACUGCAAUGAAAGUCGUUCCCAACAGUGGCUGCUACGUAACAUGACCUUGGGUGCCUAAAGCUAAAGAGACUUCCCAUGUUCCUUCAGACCUUGCAAAGUGUCUAGGCUUUCAUUCUUCACUUAUUUGAAUCAGAAGAAAGGAUAUUCCUCUUCCUUUGUUCUUGGUGAAAUGAAAGGCUUUGAAGCCCUCUUAGAAGUCCAGCUAUCAGAGCAAAGUCAUUUGUUUUUUGCUUGUUAUGGCAUGUUUGCACAUGCCCCUUUGAAAGUUGUCCUUUCAAAAGAAGCACAUUAGAAGCUAUAAAUAGCAUAAUAUAUGCUACUAUCAAUACCAGACACACUUGGAAAAGUAUUUCCAGAAAGACCUUUGAGCCUAAUAUCAAAAGGUUUGGGGGUUUUGUUUUCUGGUUAUGUCACAUAAUAUUGCUUGAAAGUGACAGGAUGUGAAAUGCCUUAUGACACUAACUUACAUUGUGAAAGAUUAUAUCAGUUCUUUUAUAAAUGUAAUGUAUUUGUUCUGGCCCUCCAUAGCAACAUGAUGAGGAUAUUAGUUGCUCUCUAGUGUCAUUUGGCACUCAGUGAAGUAUUAAACUGAAAGGGUUACUGAGCAGUAAAUUUACUGUACAUAACGAAUGUUUCAUGUUUUGUGCCAGGAACAAUGAAAUCGCUAUACAUAAUAGUUCUUUAUAAAAGCAGCAAAAUGGAACAAAUACAGUAAGAAACGGAUACUAUAUAAUAAAUGAAACUUCAGCAAAAAACAUUUGAAUGAUAUUAAAGAGAGUGGGCAGCAUACAUGAGUAACCCAGAUUAAUGCAAAUUGGAAUUGCCCAUGUAUCCUCUACAAUAGAAAGACAAAUCACUAUGGGCCUCAUUUACCUGUGUGCACUUCCACUAACCCCAAAUGGCUGCAUGGCCGGAGAAUGGAACUGGUAGCAGAAUUUUGCCAUCUGAGUCAAAAGUUAGGCUGAAGCUCAAUCUGUAGCUUCUGGCUUUGAGCAUAAAUAUCUCAGCAGACUGCCUAAUGUAUACAAGGCCAUCCAAAGUUUGGAGAUCCCCACAAUACCUAUGCACAAAGGGACAGACUAUGGACGGAGUUUGAGCUCUAACUCUGAACUUUCUUGCUUUAAUAGGUUUAUGAUAGAUGCUUAUUUAUAUUUUAAAAUAAUAGUUUGUCUCUUAAUUUCUUUUCUCUUUUCUUUACAUGGCUAUUAAAAAUGUGCUGCUGAUCGAGCAGUAGUAUCAAAGGCUUCAUAGGAACUAAUACCAUCUCAACACACACAGUAAGAGUUUGCAAAAGUGGUUUGUGUUGUUUUAAUACAUGUCCAUAACACAGACAUUUAAGCUAAUCCCUCUAGCGCGUAUCACCACAUAAUGGAUCUGCUAUAAAAAUGCUUGGACUCUGUGCAAUAGGCUUAAUGUAUGUCAUUUGCCCAGGGGCAUAAGGGUCAUGGGAGGUCCCAGCACAGCAGAACCAGGAAUAGAGCAGCAGCCACAGAAGGGCUGGUGAGCAAUAUGGCAGCAUCCUACCCAGGAAUAGGAGAUAGAUUCUGUCCCAACCAACCACCCACACUUCCCCAAACACAGCCUGUUGCAUUGUGUUAGGAGCGGGAAGAUGAAACUGACUUCAUUUUCUGUGUACUGGCUCCUUUGGUGAAAGUAUAUUACCAGUACCAUGUAUUUGCACACUAUGGAUUGAUAUUUCAUGCACAUUUUCUUGAUAUAGAUCAUUAAAUGAAUACCAAAUGCAUAUUAAAUUUGAAAAAUCAUUACUAUGCAUACACAGUAGCUGCUUUUCAAGCCCUCAUAUCUUGUCUUUUUUUUAAGACACACAAAUUGUUCACAUUAUAGCUUAACAGCUAUCAAAACUGAACAGGGCUAUAAUUUUACUACAUGAAAGGAACAUUACAAAAUCACAAACAAAAUCAUUUAAAUGCCGAGCUUAAUGCAGAACAAAUUAUUGCAUUUUUCAAUCAUCGCCUUUCAAAGGCCUGUCGGCCCCUGCACACCCUUAUCUCAAAAUUCAUGCUGAUAGAUCCCUUAUUUGGCUAGGUACCUUGAUAGUGCCCCUGUAACAAUAGUGGUGCUGGUGGGAACUACUAGCAUGUUUAACACCAUUUAGCAAUGUUAGAGGAGUGCAUAUGGUAUCUUUUUUUUUUUAACCUCUAAUAUUCUUAUUGAAUAAUAUCUCACUUAUCUAAUUGCAACUUGUAGCAGUUGCUAAGUGCAGUUGCACUGUACAUUUAUGAUUGUGCAGUUGCACUGUACAUUUCUGAUUGUGCAGUAUUAUCAACAUUAUUGGAAAGUAAUGAGAGAAUGGUACAGUAUCUAAGUUGAUUUCAAGAGUUGAGUCUCAAAUACAGAAACUGUUCGACCUUUCUUUGCCAAGCAUGCAGUACUACAGUGUUUAAUACCUUUUUAUCUGUAUAAAGUGGAUUGUGGCAAUGAAUUUGGACUGUUAUACUCCUUGAUUACAGUUGAUGCAUCUUUAUUAUAUCAACAGCUGCACUGCUAUAUUAUAUACGAGUUGCUUGACUAAAAAAAAAGAAAAAAUACAUGUUUUAUUUUAUGCUUAUUUAUGGAUAAUGACACUGAGGGCACGUCUUUGCUACCCGCCGAUCCGGCGGGUAGCAAUCGAUCUAUUGGGGAUCGACUUAUCGCGUCUAGUGAAGACGUGAU